CCCUCAGGAUUACAAGCCUCUCCUCCUCUCCCCACCCUCCCCCCUUCCGUGUCCCACUAAGCGGUUUCAGAGCGUGAAGGGACUCGUCCCUACAGCCACGGAUGCACGGUGCAACAUGGCGACAGAGUUUCAUAACCUGCAGGAGUUGAGGCACAGUGCAUCUCUGGCCAACAAAGUAUUCAUUCAGAGAGACUACAGUGAAGGAACCACCUGCAAGUUUCAGACCAAGUUCCCCUCUGAGUUGGAGAGCAGGAUCGAGCGAACACUGUUUGAGGACACUGUGAAGACGCUGAAUAACUAUUAUGCAGAGGCAGAAAAGAUUGGAGGACAGUCCUACUUGGAAGGGUGUCUGGCCUGCGCUACAGCAUAUCUCAUUUUCCUCUGCAUGGAGACACGUUAUGAGAAGGUGCUGAAGAAGAUUGCCAAGUACAUUCAGGAGCAGAAUGAGAAGAUUUAUGCUCCCAGAGGUCUCCUUAUCACAGAUCCCAUAGAAAGGGGAAUGCGUGUUAUAGAGAUCUCCAUCUAUGAAGAUCGGGGCUCCAGUGGCUCCAGCUCAGGGAGCAGCUCUGUGUCCGGCAGCACUGCUCGAUGACUGGAUACUUCCUAAACCUGCGUCCACCUGAUCACUCACAACCGUGAAGGAAAACCUAGGAUGUAAUACGACUCCUCUUCCAACACCAACCACCCCCUCAGCCACGCUCACACAAAGUAUUCACUAGUUUUUUUUCCCCGAUCAUGUCCUUAACUUGUUCACAGUAGACACUUGAAACACGCACUUUAGUGGUUUAUUACGAAAGAAAUGUGCAGGUGCUGAUGCACUUUUGCUAAGAUGUAAUGUCUCAAUGAAAAGGAAGAAAAGAUGCAGCUAGUAAUGCUUUGUGUGAUCCCACCAUUUCUCUCCUUCCUGUCUGAUUUCAAGAUAAAAGGGACGAAGUGCCUCAUCUGCUGUCAUUGUACCACGUAGGCCAGAUCAACCUGGGCUGCACCCCAAAAACACUGGACCAAACACAAGACUAGACCCCAAAUUCAGCACCUCUUCCAAAUCGGCUCUAAACCAUACUGUCUGGCAGCAGAUGAAUGUCAUUUAAGUCAUCCAUAAUGUAGCAGAUCCUACAUAUUUCUGAUGAAGCUUGUAUUUCCUUUUUUAAAGUCAUAGCCACAAAUCCAAGUACUAACCUCUUGGUUUCACUGAGCGAGAGCAACUCUUCCUAAAUUUAGAUUAUGCAAAGACUCGUUGUGCGUGAAGCGCAGCAGUAAGUAAAGAAGGGAUGGGUCAAAAAUGUCUUCCUAAAUUAUACCUGUAAGUGUUUAUGAAAAUACACCAACCCUUCCUUGCUUUAUGAACAGACUUCCAAAGAAGAAUAACUGCCAAAAAACAAACAAACUGGCUCACAAAUGUGAAUGUUUCUUUUAUUUUAGUGACAUUUUGUGCAAGAACAAGUUUUCAUACUGCUUAUUGUUUUAAUACACAUGGUAGAAAUGACUGGCGUCAAAUAAACAGUUUCAUCACAGCUCCACCAAGCUCAUUGUUCUUGUA